CUUUGCUCAUAUGAUAUGGACAAUGGCCUAUAUGAUAUGGAUAUGGACGCAGAGCCACCCAUGUUUCAGGAGACUGAGGAUGUUGAGAGCCCCAAGCGCAGCAUCCGUGACAGCGGCUAUGUAGACUGUUGGGACUCUGAACGCAGCGAUUCCCUUUCUCCUCCUCGCCACGGAAGAGAUGAUUCUUUUGACAGCCUGGAUUCCUUCGGCUCCCGCUCCCAGCAGACGCCGUCUCCAGAUGUGGUGCUGAGAGGAAGCAGCGAUGGCAGAGGAAGCGAUUCGGAAUCUGACUUGCCGCAUCGAAAGUUGCCAGAUGUGAAAAAAGACGAUAUGUCUGCAAGGCGGACAUCUUAUGGUGAACCCAAAUCAGUUGUGCCUUUUAACCAAUACCUCCCCAAUAAGAGUAACCAGACUGCCUAUAUUCCGGCUCCUCUCAGGAAGAAGAAAGCCGAACGAGAGGAGUUCAGGAAGAGCUGGAGUACUGCUACUUCUCCCCUAGGAGGAGAGAGACCUUUCAGCAAAAGCCACCCUGAAACUAUAGAAGAGGAACAAACCGAAGUACUGGCACAAUCUGAAGAAGAGUGUUUGGGCUCUUGCGUUUCUACUGCAAACCCCUCUGGGAAGCCUGUUCAAACAGAAGUGAACCACGGAGAGCCUUUGCGUCAGCCUUCUACACAUUCUGCCAACAAAGCAGCGGGGCCCAGAAAUCCCAAAAAAGAUCCCGAGGAACUGGGCAAGCUACGAAGGAUUGAGCAGGCCGGUAUUAAGAUCAUGCCAGCUACACAGCGCUAUGGUAGCAGUCAAUUGCACAUGUGCGAAAUGGAUGAGCUUACCCCAGACAUCAUCCUUCGCAAAGAGAACCCCUUUAUGCUGAGCUAUCAGCGAAAAGAUUCUGGGUCCGAAGAUGAACGAGAUGACAAGAUUCCUGACCUAGAGAAGGAUGAUUUUGCUAUACGCAGAGCAAGACUAAACCAGCCAAAACUUACGUUGCCAUUUAACCAGUAUCUACUUGGAUCUUAUGCAAACAAAGAUCGAGGUAAAGUGGAAGAAGGGAAGAAACAAAAGAAAAAGCAGGAAUGUUCAAGUGGACAGAAGAUGGGUGUGACUUCAACAAGGCCGAUGGCGAUAUGCGAAGACAAACCAUUCCUGCAGUCACAGAAGGAUGAGCCUAAGGAGGAAGGCCAAUCUAAAUUUCCAGAUGUUCAAAGAGAUGACCUGGCUAAGCGAAAAACUCAGGCUAGCCCCUCCCAACUAGAUUUGCCAUGUUUUGUGAGAGCUACUAUAACACAAGCAGAUCGAGACACCUGGGACCGACUGAAAGUUUCAGGGAAGACCAGUGAAAUUGUGGAUGCAUGUAAUUCAUCUCUCUUGGAUGCUUGUGCUGAUUCUCAGAAGCAAACGCCAAGCAGUUUGAGCGAGUGGCACGAGAGCAGCGAGGAAGAGGUGGAUGGCAGCUUCCCAGAUAUUGAGAGGGACGACAUGCUGGCUAGAAGAUUUGGAACUUUUCAGAAAUCUACUAGCCCCGUUCGCCCAUCUUGUCCUCCCAUUUCAGUAGUCAGUUAUCGUCCCUUGAAACAGCAAGGAAAAGAACGGAAGACUCUGCAGAAAGCAGAAAGCAUUACCGUGACGGACUCGGCAGUCCCCGAAAAGCAUCCAAAGUUUUGUGUAGAAAGCCCUCAAAAGCUUUUGGCGCAACCUGAGCACACACUGGAAGAUGGGAAACACAGAGUCCCUGGUAUAAGACAAGAUGGCGCCUCUUCUGUUGCUCAUAAGGACCUGCUGGACUCCAAGCCGCUCCAGCCAGGAGAUUCUUUGGAGAUGCAGCUUACUGAAAGAAACAGCCAAGGAUUUACGUCUCUAAAGGACGGACAUGCACAAACAUUCGGUUCCAGAACUCCUGUGUCUGAUGACGCAGUGAGCGUGAGCAUGUUUGACAUGAGGUGCACAGAUGAGGCUGCCGUGAUGCAACCUCAUAGCCAAGCUCGCCACGAGAAGCUGCAGGCUAUUCACCACCAGCUCAAAGAGGAAGAGGACCGGUGGCAGGAUGACUUAGCCAGGUGGAAAAGUCGCCGGAGAAGUGCUUCUCAGGACUUAUUUAAAAAAGAAGCCGAGAGAAAGAAGAUGGAGAGACUACUGACUGGCACUGAGGAGGCCAGUGAGCGAAGGAAAAGCAUAAAGACCUACAGAGAAAUUGUGGAGGAGAAAGAGAGGCGAGAGAGAGCUCUGCACGAAGCCUACAAGAAUGCCAGGUCGCGCGAGGAAGCGGAUAAUAUUCUCCAGCAGUACAUCGAGAGGUUCACCAUUAGCGAAGCCGUCCUCGAGCGCUUGGAGAUGCCAAAAAUCCUGGAGAGAAGCCAUUCAGCCGAGCCAAAUUCGUCGUCCCCGCCCAAGGACCCCAACCCCAUGAGAUACUUACGGCAACAAUCGCUCCCCGCCCCCAAGUACACUGCCAAAGUAGAGGCAACCAUCGCUCCUGCCGGCGGGUCAGAAGCCAGCAUCUCAACAGGCCGCACCUCUCCAAGCAAACCGUUUGUCUCGAAGGCUGUGCCUAUGCUGACUGCCAAGCCUUAUUGCCAGCCCAAAAGCACACAGCAGGUGUUGAGAACCUUUAAGGUCGAUGGAAAAGUCAGCAUGAACGGGGAAGCUGUCAACGGAGUGGAAGAGGAACGAGAGAGAGAAUGCACAACGUUGAUAUUUGCCCCUUCGCCAAGCCGAUCGCCAAAGUCCAGCAUUGUGGUGGACGGUUCCUCGGUGGAGGGAGAAGAAAACAGCCCUAGCACCGAGCUUGUUCUAAAGCGACUCAUCGAGCACAGCAAAGACAGAGCGCAGGCAGGCACCUUGACGGAAGAAGCUAAAUCAACCAACCAAAACGAGAAAACCGAUUCGGAAAGACUGUCUCCAGACCACAAAGAUUUCAGCACAACCGUUUCCCGUGCCAGCCCUACUGUGGCCAUGGCGGAGUUCUCUUCCACCACGAACUCUUCCCUCAGUAAUCAUCGCAAGGAAAUGGGCUCAAAUGAGGAGCCGAAGAAACUUGAAAGGGGGCAACUGAAGGAUGUCGAAGCACCAGUUAUUCAGAAGGUAGAGACUUUGGAAGCCCCUGUGCAAGAUGGAGGCAUCAUAUUUCCACUUUUGAAGAUAAUCCCUGAGAGGAGCCAAGUGGUUUUGCAGAAUACUGCCCCACAAGCUGGCACUGAUAACAGUGACAAAUCAAAUCGUUUUGGUUGCUGGUCUUGGGACCCAGAGGAAGAGCGUAAGCGACAAGAACGAUGGCAGCAUGAACAGGAGCGUGUGCUUCAGGAAAGGUAUCAGAAAGAGCAGGACAAGUUGAAAGAAGAAUGGGAAAAGGCACAAAAGGAAGUUGAAGAGGAGGAGCGCAAAUACUAUGAGGAGGAACGCAAGAUCAUUGAGGACACUGUGGUACCAUUCACAGUCACUUCGAGCUCUGCGGAACCCUUGUCCACGUCUUCCUCUGUGACGGAUGGAAAUGGGACUGUGAAUAUGGCGGACGUGAGCUACUCUGAAGAGGAAGAUAAGCAAAAGGAAGAUAGUACUCAGAAGAAUUUAUUUUCUGAGCAAGAUGGUGUUCCCUUUUCGAAAAGCAAAGAAUAUGAACCAUGGAAGGAAAAUAUGAGCAAUGUAAAUAAAGAAGAACAUAUAGGAACCAGUAAACAGAGAGGAAAUGAGCAAGACCCACAGAUGUCCAGGACAGAACGUCUGCAGCCCACUGAGAUGACUUUGCCACUGUGCCCGGAUGUUACGUGGAAUCAGCAGUUAUUAACUAAACAGAGCCCACGUGUUUCAGACACGAAACAGAAAAACUUUCCGUCGGAACAUAAUUUAGGUCUGCCGGUCAGGUCCGCAAGAGAAAUGGGGAGGUAGGUAACAGAGUUGUAAACGCUUAACAACACAC